GACCUAGAGGGGCAGAUUAGGUACGACGAAGGAGCCACCGAGGGCCAUAUGCUGGAGGUCUUCAGACGCCGUUCGUGAUGGGAUUGUUUUUGUUGUUGUUCCUGCUGCUGCUGUCGUUCUUGUCGUCAUCGUCGUCUUGACACUAUCGAACCCGCUCCGAACUCUGUUCUGUACUUGUACUUUUCUGUUCUCUUCAUCCCCACCGGUCCAAGUGACGCCAUUACAAUUACCACGAAAAGAGCACGUAGUGCCAAACAUCAAGAGAAAACAGUACCGGCCUUGGAGGGAAGUAUGACAAGGGUCUUGGACCUAGAAGCCGACCAUUCCGAAACGAACCUCGGAAACGAGGCCCUCGACCGCGUCAGGAACCUUCGGUCGGCCCCCACAACGGCCGGAGCGGUUAGCGGCGGCGCUGAUGUCGCCUCCGCCCAGGCCGUGGUGGUCGCCCUCAAGGCGUACGCCGAGAGCCUGGAGAUCCACCUGGAGAGGGAGGAGAGGGUUCUGGUCGCCAGGUGGCUCAAUCUCAGCGCCGAAAUGUACGCCAAGUACCGUACGUACCUGGUGGGAAAGUACCGCCUUGUGUACUAAAGGCGCGUGCGUGUGUGUGUGACUCGGAUUUUUUGUGUGUAAAUUUGGAGAGCGAGGUUCAUUCUAGUGCGUCGUCGGGGGGUGACUCAUUGCCGUGCAUGCCGGAGGGCGUUAGGCCGUUGGCCUCUCACAGAGCCGGGGCGGAAGACGCCGAGUUUUUCCCGCCAGACAAGGCUAGCGAAUUCAUCACGUGCGAAGCGCCGGGAGGUAUUCGGCGAGUCGCAUGGAGGGUGCGCUGCAUCCUGCUAAGGGUGUUCGGCAUCUUGUGCCUUCUUCCUUGCAUACGGGUGACAGCUGCGUAUGACUUCAUUUAUUUUCUGAUGCUUUCACUUCCACCGAAAGGCUUACGCACUGAGUAGUUGCUUCGAGGGAAGGGCAGGGGGGAGCGAUUGACAGCGCGGUGGCAAUGAGGCUUUCACGACGCGCGUCUGAUGGUCGGCGUGCGGUGCGGCCGUUGUCCUUUUAUACAUUCCUUGGAAUGUUUUGGUCAGGCUCCAACGUUUUUUUCUGUUUCUGUGUAGGACACAUCGUGGGAAGGGUUGUGUCUGACCGACCUACCUUGAGCGAUGAUGUUCCACAUAGCGCUUCCGUGUUCGUUUUUUUUCUGCGUUGGACACCGGUUGGGGAUGGGACUUACCUGCCCGCACGAGCUUGAGCUUCGCGGUUGACUAUAUAGCGCAGCAUGUGUGCGUCGUCAACGUGGUCCGCAAGGUAAUCGGGGGAAAAGACGUUGGCUUUAAAGUGGUUAUCUUCUAGUUGCCAUCACGCCGGGCACAGGCCUGUAGUCAAGCAUCGAACGCAAGACAGCGGUAGGUACCACAUGUUGCUACGCACGCUGUUCUGGGUUAUGAGUUGUGGGUUGUGACGCAUGUUGCUUCGUCAUUUCCCACGACCAGCUGUAUGUUAGGCUACCUUGCCGUUCGUGUAUGAAGGGGUGGGUGGCGGUGUUUGGUGAAUCCUGCGAGAAGGAAGUUUGGAGAUGGAGAGAGAUACAUACCGAGAUGCGGGCCGGCAUGUUGCUCUAUCGCUGGCGCUCGAGGCAAGAAGUAUCGAGAUGUGAGUUCAGUUAUGGGAAUCGUUAUUGUGCUUUCGAAAAACGCAACACACAUGCGCCUCUAGCCACGAACAUAGCGUCUGGGAAACGUUUUUGCCCUUGUGCGUUCGUACGGGACUGUCAGCCAACGGUCAUUCUAGGCGUGGCCCGUCAAGGUUCGACUUCAUACUACGUAGCUUGUUUUCCGGUCGGCGGUGGGUUGCCGGUUAUCCACUACAUAUGAAGGAAGUAGUAGAGUUGGAAUUGACCCAUUUUGUGAGCUUUGAUGACAUGACCAGCUGAGAGCCAAUGGGUUGAAUUCCUGUUGCUGUCGUCAUGUUAUAUUUUCUCAGCGCUCUCGAAUGCACCAGCCUUUCGUGUCGCUACAAUACAGGCCACAAAGGGAGGAGAGAGGUCUUGAGAAAUAAGCCCAAGUCUACCUCAACACACAUGCUUCUAACCGAGGCUGCCAAUCAACGGCGGCGAUACGUAGACUCAUUGUGGCGUCGGAACUCCUCAUACAUUGUGUCCCCCGGUAGUCCGCUCGGCUCGCUACGACGACGAGAGUUUGCAGUUUUCAUCCGUGGCGGUCGACCACAGAGGGGACCGUGCUGUGAACGGGUGUACCCGGACCACGCAAUAACGUCCAUACGUGACGUGGAUUAGGUUUCGCAUACCGCCUUGUGUGAGCACGGUUCAGCACGCAUUGUGGGCUACCUUUGCGGAAGACACCGUAGUGACUGCGCCGAAUGUUACAUGGUUGGUUCGCUGGAGGCUCAGACUAAGUGUAUUGAGGCAAUCGUUGGCAAUGUUCGCUGAAAGACCGUGAUGGCCCUUUGGUUGCGGCGAGAAGGCUAUCUCUGUCUAUGUUGCUUCGGUGUCUUGAUUUCGUUGACCGCGAAAUAGAGGUUGACCAAUGAAUAUGUAUUCUUUGUUGAGAGAAAAAGAUCGACUAGGCUCUCCGCGCUACCGACGAGC